AUGGGCAGUGAGCUCGGUGAUGCUGGAAUCCGCAUCAACUUCUUCCAUCCUGAACACAGGCUUGAAUGGGAAGCCCAGGAAUACUUGACAUUAUGUUUCCUGUUUUUAUUCCUAUUCCUAUUCUUGUUCCUCUUUCUGUUUCUCUUCCUGUUCCUCUUCCUAUUCCUGUUCCUCUUCCUGUUCCUAUUCCUGUUCCUGUUCCUCUUCCUAUUCCUGUUCCUCUUCCUGUUCCUAUUCCUAUUCCUGUUCCUGUUUCUAUUUCUGUUUCUAUUCCUGUUCCUGUUCUUGUUCCUAUUCCUAUUCCUGUUCCUGCUCCUGUUCCUGUUCUUGCUCCUGCUCCUGUUCCUCUUCCUGCUCCCGUUCCUACUUCUAUUCCUGCUCCUGUUCCUGCUCCUGUUCCUGUUCCUCCUCCUGUUCCUGUUCCUGUUCCUACUCCUGUUCCUGUUCCUGCUCCUGUUCCUCUUCCUGUUCCUGCUCCUGUUCCUGCUCCUGUUCCUGUUCUUGCUCCUAUUCCUGUUCCUCUUCCUGCUCCUGUUCCUGUUCCUGCUCCUGUUCCUUUUCCUGCUCCCGUUCCUGUUCCUGCUCCUGUUCCUCUUCCUGCUCCUUUUCCUGCUCCUGUUCCUGUUCUUGCUCCUGUUCUUGUUCCUGUUCCUACUUCUAUUCCUGUUCUUGCUCCUAUUCCUGUUCCUGUUCCUGUUCCUGUUCCUGUUCCUGCUCCUGUUCCUGCUUCUGCUCCUGUUCUUGCUUCUAUUCCUGUUCCUGUUCCUCUUCCUGCUCCCAUUCCUGUUCCUGCUCCUGUUCCUCUUCCUGCUCCUGUUCCUGCUCCUGUUCCUUUUCCUGCUCCCGUUCCUGUUCCUGCUCCUCUUCCUGCUCCUGUUCCUGUUCCGGCUCCUGUUCCUUUUCUUGCUCCUGUUCCUGCUCCUGUUCCUGUUCUUGCUCCUAUUCCUGUUCCUGUUCCUCUUCCUGUUCCUGUUCCUGCUCCUGUUCCUUUUCCUGCUCCUAUUCCUGUUUCUGCUCCUCUUCCUGUUCCUGUUCCUGCUCCUGUUCCUUUUCCUGCUCCUAUUCCUGUUCCUGCUCCUCUUCCUGUUCCUGCUCCUCUUCCUCUUCCUGUUCCUGCUCCUGUUCCUGUUCUGGUUCCUGCUCCUCUUCCUCUUCCUGUUCCUCUUCCUCUUCCUGUUCCUGCUCCUAGGGAGGCAGUUCCUGGGACUGGGCACCUCCAGCCCCCCGGGGUACCCCAAGGUCCUGUAG